AUGGAAAGCGCGGACGCGAACAGCGAAGUGGAAAAUGACGCGGAAAUGAAACUCUUGAGAGACAAAUUCAGGCUAUCCGCAAUCUCCAUCACCGAAUCCCAAGCAAAACAAAACGGCAUGGAAGUUUCAAAAGUCGUAGUCACUUGUAUUGCGGAUUUAGCGUUCAAGUAUACAGAGCGCGUGGCUAAGGAUCUUCAUCUAUUUGCGCAGCAUGCGAAUCGUAAAUCUGUAAAUAUGGAAGAUGUGAUACUUUGUGGACAUAGAAAUGAACAUCUAUCUGGCUUGUUGAGGACGGUCUCCAAUGAUUUAAAAGCCAGAGAUCCACAAUCUGAAAGGAAGCGAAAGAAAGAAACCAAAAAGAACGAAAAAUGA